GCGGAAGCUACAUGCUAAAUGAGGAAGAAAUUUAUGAUAGGAAAACAAUAACGUAUUAGAUUCGUAAUUCGACAUCGUGUAUGACCAGCCGAACAGUAACUAAUUAGACUGAUUGUUGCUAUAACAAUCAUACAAUGUCUGGGUUUUUGGAUAACUGUAACUGGCCCAAAUGCGACUGCAUCGAGUUGGGUGAUCGCCGAAACCUGGUGGCGUCCGUUGUGUCGGGAGUAAUGUUCUUCAGCGGGUGGUGGGUUGUGAUCGAUGCAGCUGCAAAGUACCCAGACAUGAAGGACUUCAACCACGCCUACCACACCCCGGGGGUCAUCGGCACCCUCGCCUUCUUCCUAAUAAAUUCUGUAUCUAAUGGUCAGAUUCGAGGUGACAGUUAUACAACUGGAUGUAUUGGUCAAACAGGAGCACGGGUCUGGCUGUUCAUUGGCUUCUUGCUGGCAUUCGGUUCUUUAAUUGCGGCAUGCUGGAUUCUCUUUGGCUUUUAUGUUGUACAGUUUGUUUCCCCUGACUGGCCUGGUAUUGCAGUGUUUUUGCAGAAUGCCUUGAUUUUCUUCAGUGGUCUGGUUUUCAAGUUUGGCCGCACAGAGGACUUGUGGGGCUGAGCUCAGACUCAGAAUGUUUUAAUCUCGUCCUGUGUUUAUAAGUGUCUGGUGUCGAAUACUUGGAGUGGCAGGCUGCACACAGUAUAAACCUUGCAUCAACUCACUGUUUACUGUCACCAACUCGCUGACUGUUUACUGUCACCAACUCGCUGACUGUUUACUGUCACCAAAUCGCUGACUGUUUACUGUCAUCAACUUGCCGACUGUUUACUGUCAUCAACUUGCCGACUAUUUACUGUCAUCAACUCGCUGACUGUUUACUGUCACCAACUUGUCGACUGUUUACUGUCAUCAACUUGCCGACUGUUUACUGUCAUCAACUCGCUGACUGUUUACUGUCAUUAACUUGCUGUACUGUAGUCAUCAACUCGCUUACUGUUUACUGUCAUCAACUCGCUGACUGUUUACUGUCAUCAACUCUCCAACUGUUUACUGUCACCAAUUCACUGACUGUUUACUGUCAUCAACUGGCUGACUGUUUACUGUCAUCAACUCGCUGACUGUUUACUGUCAUCAACUUGCCGACUGUUUACUGUCAUCAACUCGCCGACUGUUUACUGUCAUCAACUCAUUGACUGUUUACUGUCAUCAACUCGCCGACUGUUUAUUGUCAUCAACUGGCUGAACUGUUUGCUUGGAUCAGCAACAUAGUUAUCAGUAUAACGAAUGAUAUGGUUAUCGUUGUAACCAAGAUGAUGAUAAUUGUUAUAGCCCUGUGUUGUUAUUUAUGUAUGACACAGUGUUGUAUUAACGGUCACAAUAAAGUAACUUGUGCAUUGGUUUGGUGUUAAAUGAAAUGUGGACACUCUUUUUCACUUUUUCAUUUGUGGUAGAGGCUGCGACAGUAUCAACAUUUGUUUUGGGUUAAAGUUUCACAUUUAGCUCAAUUUCACACAAACUAUAAGUCCUACUUCACUGAAACUUGGGUUAUAGUUGUGCCUGUACACGUUCAUCAUAGUGCAUGAAAUUUUUUUAUUGGUGAAUUUUUUAUUGUUUUUAAAGUUUAAUCUUUUUUUUUUUCUUUUUUUUUUAACAUGCAUUGAGAUGAAGAUUUAUGGUUGAAUUUGUCAGCAACAUCGAAUAUGUUUAUUGUAAGAAGACAUUUAACUCGGCGGAAUUCUUGUUGUUGUUGAUUGUAAACAUGCAGCUUACAUGUGAUGUACAAUGUGAAACUACAUGUAUAUUUUAAUUGUGGUAUGAAAACUUCAGCUUACAUGUUGUGUACAAUAAUAAACAUAUACCCUAAUUGAGGUAUGACAAAAUAAAA